CUGUGCAGGGCUGUGAAUUACUGUCAGCAGAGCAGUGACUGCCCUUAUCUCCCACCUUCACAUCUCAUGCAGCCUCUCCUUCUCUCUUUUAUAGUAUCCAUCUCUCCCUCCCUCUUCUCUCUGCUGAGCUACGUUAAAGGCAGCAAAAUUCACUCGCAGCCCAGUGCAGGCUGCAGUGGAAAAGUUGGCCCCAUCCUGCCAUGCAGGAUAUCUGUCACCCCCAGCCUGUCCCCCCUAUCCCAUCAUCUCACUGCAGUUUGAAGUGAAGGAUCUGCAAAGCUCUCCCAGCCUGGUGAUUCCUAUUCUUGUAUGAAGCCUUGCUGCUACAUUGUAUCAGUGUACCCCCUCCCUGCUCAGGUUCUUAUUAUAUUCACCAGUUGGCUGCUCUGGGCUGAGUGCUGCUGAUCACUGCUGUAAGGGGAUCACAAUAAUAUCUCGACCUGUUUCUGCCAAUCAGUCGGCGACCGGAUUCCAGCAACAUUCUUUCCAUGGAACGUACAGAGCAGCUACCUUCUAAUUAGCAGAAAUCACAUACUGUGUCUCCACUGCCAGGGGAUUCACCUUAAAGGAAAAAUAAAAGCCAUUAGGCAAAUGUGACCUGCAUUUCCCAGUUACAAGUGGAGCCAGAGACGCAGGAAAGACACACAAACACCAAAUAUGGAUGGUUUAAUUGAACAGAGCAGUGUGCUUAUGCAUAAUAAAAUCACAGAGGCUGGGAAAAGAAAUGGCUUAAUCAACACAAGAAAUUUAAUGGCAGAGAACAAAGACGGGAUGGUGUCUGUUUAUCCAACUCCGCAAUACCAAACCCACAUUGUGGGAACUAUCUCACCCCAGACUGGCCUGGACAACAUUAAAAAUGACCCAGUUCAACAACUCUUGGAUCCUAAUAUGCUUCAACAGACUGUGGAGUCUCACUACCGCCCAAACAUCAUUCUGUACUCAGAGAAUGUCUUGCGUUCUUGGGGUGAGAAUGUCAGUGCUGAAUGUUGUGAAACCACUUUUAUCGAAGACAGAUCUCCUACCAAAGACAGUCUUGAUUACCCUGAUAGUAAGUUCAUUGACCUCUCGUCCGAAGAUAUCAAAAUUCACACUCUUUCAUACGAUGUCGAAGAAGAGGAAGAUUUCCAAGAAUUAGAGAGUGACUAUUCAAGUGACACAGAGAGUGAAGACAACUUCCUAAUGAUGCCACCAAGGGAUCACCUUGGCCUGAGUGUAUUUUCUAUGCUGUGUUGUUUCUGGCCCUUGGGGAUUGCUGCGUUCUAUUUGUCGCAUGAGACGAACAAAGCUGUGGCUAAAGGUGACUUCCAUCAAGCAAGUUCAAGUUCACGAAGAGCACUCUUCUUAGCUGUACUGUCCAUCACCAUUGGAACGGGGAUAUAUGUUGGAGUGGCUGUGGCCCUUAUAGCAUACCUUUCAAAAAACAAUCAUCUAUGAACUUGAAAAAUCCAUACGACUAAACGAACACAUUUCACAAGUUCCAUACAGAGACACCUGGCAAAUUCUUCAUCACUGGAAAUAAAAAUAUUUUGGACAUGUAGAUAUCGCCAGGAAAGGACUACUACAACAAUGUGGCUGUACAGAUAUUGACUUUCAUGGGAUUUUUGGGUCAUCUUUGGAAAUAUUUUUUUAAAAUAUCUUAAGGUUUUUUUUGUUUAGUUUUUU